AUGCCAAAGCGAAAGAAUAAAGUGUAUCAAAUGCUUCAAAAAUAUAACAAUAAAAGAAGUAGACAAGCCAAAAAAAAGCAAAAGAAGAAUAUUGCUAAGGGUAUUUUUGCUGAAAAUAUCUGUGAUGUAGAUGUUUUUGCUGAAGAUGUCUUUUCUGAUGAUAUAUCUGCUGAAAGCAGUGAAUUUGAUGAGGAUAAAAGUAAAAGCAAGCUUGAAGAGAAAGAGGAA